AAAAACGCAAAUACGCGUUUCCACGAACUACGCCUUUGGGAUAUGACCGUUUCUAUAAUAAAUAUUACUAUUUUGAUUGUAUUGGAGAAGCAGCUGGUGAACGAUAUGGUGCAGGAAGAAUUUUCGUAGAGAUACCUAGCGCUCAUGAUUUGCAGGAAAUGACUGAGAAAGAAGAACAACGAUUUAGUAAAAGAAGAAAAGUUGAGGAAAUUGAUUGUAAUUUAGGCUCCGAUAACCAAGCACAGUGGGGAUACUAUGAAGACACAAGCCAGAUCGAUGAAUUGCAACGGUGGCUUAACACCAAGGGAUCGCGUGAAUUGGCAUUGAACAACGAAUUGACUGCAUAUUACCGAGAUAUCACUUUGGGUAUGAGUAAUCGACAACAGGACAUAGUUUCUUCACGUACGGAUCAAGAUUUACGAAGAAGUAGGCGUACUAAAGUAACAUUGGCGUUUCCCUUGUAG